AUGUCGACCAACCGGACUCUCGGAGACACCCCUGAAAAACCCCUCUGGCGCCCCGGCCCCCGCGCCCCGUCCCCAACAAACCGCUACAUCCCACCCAAGCAAGAAGAGCGCGACAUCGGCCUCUUCUUAGGAAUCGGCCACGACACGGGAUACUACGGACGCGACUGGAUCCUGCUCUUCAUGCACCCCAACAACACGCGCUGUGAAUACUACCAGUCAGUCAGAAUCAGAACCCACGAGCCGCCUCUCGACGCGUCCAACCCGGAGCUCGAAAUUACCGAUGAGUUUCCCUACGCCAAGGUCCGCCUCGAGAACAUGUCCGCAGACGUCGGGGACCUCGCGCGCGAUUUCCAGGGGUGGACGGCUGUCGGCACGAUUGGGGAGGAGCACUGGGAUCGCUUUUACAGUACGUGGCUGGCGACGAAGCCCGGGCCCAGUCAGUGGUUCAUGGGGCGGUUCCUGGAUGCGCUUGCGCGGCAGAGUCUGAUUGAGCAGCGCGAGGUGGACGAGAUUUUCUCGUGUGCGGUGUAUUCGGAUUACGAGGCUGAGAUUUGGGGUGGGGAUGCGGGGUUCCCUGUUGAUCGCGAGUGGAUGGAGGAGGCUCAGGGGGAGGAGGAGGUCCAGCGGGUCGAGGAUGAGAGGUGA